AUGGCUGUUACCGCUAACAGGUUUUUUAUUUUAACAUCGUUUUCUAAAGCUAAAAUAUUUACCGCUGCUAAGAUAUUAUCAUGUGCCUCAUACAGCACCUCGUCAGAAACUAAUAAAAUAUAUAGUAAUAUAAAUGAAGCUGUAAAAGAUAUAAAAGAUGGUUCCAAAAUCCUUGUAGGUGGUUUUGGUCUGUGUGGUAUUCCUGAAAAUCUUAUUAAAGCAGUCAACAAUAAAACUGUAUCUGGUCUUACUGUUGUCUCUAAUAAUGCGGGAGUUGAAGAUUUUGGUUUGGGCAUCUUGCUCAAGAAGAAGCAAGUGAAGAGGAUGAUUUCAUCCUAUGUUGGCGAAAAUGCUGAAUUUGAAAGGCAAUUCUUAAGUGGAGAGUUAGAGGUAGAACUUACACCACAAGGAACAUUGGCGGAGAGAAUCAGGGCUGGCGGAGCUGGCAUUCCUGCAUUCUUUACACCAACUGGGUUUGGUACUUUAAUACAUGAAGGUGGCGCCCCUAUCAAAUAUACUGCUGAUGGAAAGAUAGACAUACCGAGCAAGCCAAGACAUGUCCAACAAUUCAAUGGCAUCAACUAUAUUAUGGAGGAAGCUAUUACUGGAGAUUUUGCACUCGUUAAAGCCUGGAAAGCCGAUAGACAUGGUAACUUGGUAUUCAGGAAAAGUGCUCGUAAUUUCAAUCCCGCUGUCUGUAAAGCAGCAAAGAUAACAAUAGCUGAAGUUGAAGAAAUUGUUGAUGAAAUUGAACCAGAUUUUGUGCAUGUACCAUCCAUUUAUGUGCACAGAAUUAUUGUUGGAGAAAAGUAUGAGAAACGCAUUGAAAGAAAAACUAUUAGUAAACCAAAAGAAGAUAAGCCUAAAAAGGCAUCGGAUUUGAUGAGAGAGAGAAUUAUUAAACGGGCAGCCUUGGAAUUCAAGGAUGGAAUGCAUGCUAACCUGGGAAUAGGUAUGCCAAUGCUGGCCAGCAACUAUAUCCCCAAGAAUGUUAAAGUUUUAUUACAAUCUGAGAAUGGAAUUCUUGGUCUUGGUCCGUUCCCAAGUGAAGAUGAAGUAGAUCCUGAUUUAAUUAAUGCUGGCAAGGAAACUGUUACUGUUCUACCUGGUGAGUUUAUACUAGUAUAUUUUGAAAAAAAAAGUGCUUCAUACUUUUCAUCAGAUGAUAGUUUCGCUAUGAUUCGUGGCGGUCACAUAGAUCUAACUAUACUGGGUGCUAUGCAGGUCUCGAGAUAUGGAGAUCUUGCUAAUUGGAUGAUACCUGGUAAAAUGGUGAAAGGUAUGGGAGGUGCUAUGGAUUUGGUAUCAGCACCUCGUACCAAGGUUGUUGUGACAAUGGAACAUGCAGCUAAGAACGGCUCACACAAAAUAUUACCGGAGUGCACUUUACCACUCACCGGCAAGAACUGUGUUGAUAUGAUCAUUACUGAGAAGUGUGUCUUCGAUGUUGACAAGGAAAAAGGUUUGACUCUGACUGAAUUGGCUGACGGUGUCACUAUAGAAGAUGUUAUUGUUAAUUCUUACGCUGAUUGGUUUACUUAUGAAUGGCAUGACAGGGAUCGUGACUUUGAGUGGAGUUCUGUAAGCGAGAGUAGUGAAAUGGUUACAUCACGGAGAGAAAUUGACAGUGUGCCAUAUAGGAUGGUUUUCUUAAACGUUGUAAAUUUAGCGCGAUCUCGUGGACCAGAUGAAUUCUGGAGGAAAAGAAGAAUUUUCCGUUUAGCGGCACAUUUCAUUGGGAGACGUAGAAAUUGCUAUUCAGUCGCAGUCCGAAAUGUACAUCGGGCUUUGGCGUAUGCGAGUAAAGCUCGUCAAUUAAAGAAGGAAGAUAUGAAAGAUUUAUGGCGAACUCGUAUCACUGCUGCUUGCGAACAGCAUAAUAUAUCGUCUUUCACGUUAAAGGAAGGAUUAGAACGAUCUAAUAUUAUGUUGGAUCAUAAGUCAUUAGCUGACCUCGCUGUGUGGGAACCGAAAACCUUUCAAUGUUUGGCUGCGGUUGCUCAAGAAAAAUUACGUCUCGAUGGAUUUAUCGAUUACCUUGAUAAGAAACAACCUACAGGAGUUAAUUUAAACCUUAAAGAUGUUAUGUUAGAAGCUUGGCUUAAAGAAAAGAAGUAG